AUGAGGUCAAACGUAUACAACAAAGGAAAACAAUCCCUCUGUCUAACGGCAAGGGAACAUUAUUGGGAUCCUGAAUUAUGUGGUUGUGUGCAUGUGGCGUGCGUGUUUCGAGUUUCAUCCCCAAAUAAUGGUCCUGGACUUGCCCUCUUUAUAACGCUUCUCCAAGGGCAAAAAAGAGUAAUCAAUAUUACAGUUAACGAUGAAACCAUCCUCAAAGAGCCUUUAGCUCUUGAAUACUUGAAACCACAGACAGUUGCUGCUUUUACAAAUCAAAGUGAUUUCCGUUUCAGCAUAAGUGCAACAUCAGAAUCUGACUUAUCUUUCAGUUUAGAUGACAACCCCGGCCUCUGUUCGAGAAAUUCAUGCAAAAAGCAUAAGUUCGUUAUUCUAGUUAUUGUAGCUGUUUUAGCUUUGACUGUCAUUAUCUUGGUUAUUUCCCUAGGAAUAUGGCUCUUCAAAUUUAAGAAAAAGAAAGUGGAUUCUACUGUUUCAACAAAGCAAGAAGCAUCGGCAUAUUCAAGAAAUCGUGCCUUUUCUUACUCCGAAAUUCUUGAGAUUACUGAUAACUUUCAAAACUUGAUUGGACAAGGGGAAUUUGGAAAAGUUUAUUUGGGAACUCUUAAGAAUAAUACUCAAGUUGCAGUCAAGUUACUUUCUCAAUCAUCAAUGCAAGGUCAUAGCGAAUUUCAAUCGGAGAUGAUAAAAUUAAGUAUAAUCUUGCAGGUAGAACUUUUGAUGGUUGUUCAUCAUAGACACUUAGUUUCUCUGAUAGGGUACUGUGAAGAAAGUGGUGUUAGGGCAUUAAUUUAUGAGUAUAUGGCUAAUGGCGACCUCCACCAACACUUAGCAGUUAUGAAAAUCUUCCUUGUAAGAGGUUCUAAUUAUUUGCCCUUUUGGGUUGGAGCUUCUACAAGCUUGAUUAUAUUAGACAUUCUAAAUCGGUAA